AUGAUAAAACAAAAAACAAACACAAUAUCUAGCUAUAGAAAUAUAAAUUAUACAUAAAAUCAAAAGGGAUAAGGGUUUGAAGUAUAAAUAAAUUCGGGAAGAGGUUCUUUUUUAUAGCAAGAUAUCUUCCAAGAAGAUUGCAUCAACUCCUAAGCUAUCGAAGCAGGAAAGAAUUCAAGCAAAAGGUUAAACCACGCACUAACUAUUAACUAUGACAAUUAAGGUGAGUAUUCUAAUAGUUACUCUAACUAACAAAUUGCUUAGGUUUCAAAAAAAAUUUUUAGUAAACCCACUGCUCAAAUAAAAAAAAUAGGAUAUCAAUAACAGCUACCACCUAAAUAACCAGCAGUAAAUUUGGUUAACUUGAAUCUUAAUUUUAGUAAUGGUCCCUAGAAUUAACUACCACCUACUUAUCCGAUGAUUAAAAAUCAAGAAAAUAUAAUUAACUCUUAGCUUGAUGUAGCUAAUUCUAAAAAGAAGAAAUAGCAAAUACAAUAAUUCAAUGAUGUUAUUUAUAGAUUGCCACAAUAAAGCAGUAAUCCAAAUAGACUUUAAAAGCUUUAGACUUUAUAACCUAAAAUAUAGGUUUAAUAACUAUAAGAUGAUCCGGUGAAAGCCUACUAAGUUGAAUAAUAAAACUAAAUGACAAUAGUUGAUAUUAGUUAGUGUUCACCAUAAGUACUAAUAAAUAGCACAAAUUUUAACAAAAGCACUAGCAAUUAAACAUUUUAAUAAAACUUAGCAUCAGAAAGUUAAUUGAUUAAUAAUGAAACGAGUAUCAAUGAAAAAUAAGAGUUUACUUGCUAAACCUCAGGUACAAAUGAAUAUUUAACAAGACAAAUAUGUAACCAUAAACAAAAAGUAAUUAAAGAAGUUACUCACCCCUUCAACCAAAAAAUAUACUAUGAAAAUAAAUAAAACAAAGUUGAAUAAAAUUCUACAGAAAUAAAUUUAACAUCAGAAGACCUCCUUGAAAGAAUGAAAAAAAAUUUAGACAUAACUGCCUAGAAAGUGCUUUAGCUUAAAAACAAGCAGAGAGGUUUUAUAGAUAAUAGCAAGAAGGGAUAUGGAGAUUAACCAGAUAGUUUUAAUAUAAAAUAAUUAGAGUAAUAUGAUGAUUCAUUACUUUACAAUAAUAAUUUAUAAAAUAAUAAUGAAAACACAAAAAAAGGAAAACAAUUCUAUCAAUAAAGUUAGAAAUCAAACUUAAGUGUUAACAUAAAUAAUCAUUUUAAUAAUUUUAAAUAUAAUGGAUACAGAAGUGAUUAGAAUAAUAAUUAACUUGCUUUAAGAGUAUCAGAAGGUGAAGAAAAACUCUAAUAAUAUUUAAUUAAUAAUAAUUAACCUACUUAAAUGCUUGAAUAUGAAGUAGAAGAUAUAAGAAAUGGCUUUAAUUAGCAAAGAAUAUUUAAAAAUUAAAGGCAUAAUUCAAACAGUUAAUCAAGAGAAUUUGAACAAAAUAGUAUUGAGUAUUCUGAAAACCAAAAAGCAUUGAUAAAUUAAUUUCCUCUUUAAAUCUAAAGAAAAGAAAUAAUUAAUAAUAAAAUAAAUAAGUCUUAAUUGAAUGCUGGAUAGUUAACCGAAUAAAAUAAUUUACCAUAAAUUUGUGAAGAAAAUAUUUAAAACAAUGAUUUAAUUUAGCAAGCUAACUAAGAAGUUAAUAAGAAGACUACUAGAAAAAUUAUAAAUGCGAAUCCUUCUUCAAAAUAGACAGUUAAUAAAAGAUACUCUGUAAUUUCUUAAACUGCAAAUUCAAAACAAAAAGCUCCUUCCGCUAAUUCGAAUGCAUUAAUAACGUAGCAGUAAAAAGAUAGACUUUAAAAAAUGGAUAAAGAAGCUUAUUUAGAGUUGAAAAUUAAAAUAUACUUAGACUUUCAAAGAAUUAUUAAUUUCUCUAAUAAUAUGACUAUGCAACCUGUCCCAGUCAAUGGCGUAAAAUAGUAUAAGGCUUAUAUCACAAAGGGUAAUAAUGGAGUGUUGAUCAGAGCUGCUUUAAAAAAUAGGUGGUGGUGGUCUCUCUCAGAAUAAAGUGAAGAUUACGAUAAUAUAAACUUUUUAUGGACAUAGUGGCGCAAACCAUUAUUCUAUAAAGCUAUAAAGAAUAGAUCAGAAUUAUGCUUGAAUACUAUAAAAGAUGAUGAACAAGAAGAAAAUUUAUAAGUUAAAGUUUAGACAGAUAAAUAAUCUUUAUAACAAAUAGAUGUUGAUUAGCAAAAACCAGUUAAUGGAGUUGAAAAUGCUAAUUUGUAAUUAGAAAACUAAAACUAAAAUGAAGAGGUAGAUAAUAAUAGCAUAUUAACCGUAGCUAAAGAUAUUACAGCUUGUAGUGAAAAUAAAGAAUCUUUAUAAUUAGAACCAAGUAGUACUAAUAACGAUUAAAGAUGGGGAUAUAAUGAUGCUUCACCAACUAAAAAUUUAAAUGAUUUUAUUUUAAAAUCAAAUUCUAAGAAGUAGAAUUAAGGAAAUUCAAGUCCAACUGGUGGUAUGAGAAGUAACCAAGAAAGUACUAAAUAAGACCCAUAUAGUAAAAUUAAUGGUUUAGUAAAUGAAAAGGACCUUUAGCUAUUGAUUAACUAUACUAAAAUUUCUAAAAAAAAGAAGUAAAAUGCUGAUAAUAUAAUACCUAUUUUCACAAAAGAAGAAUACCCACAAGGAAUAGAGAGAGAAUAUGAAAAAAUAAGAAAUUAAGGUGGGUAAUAGGUACAAGUGUUUAAGAAUCCUAUUAAACAAAAAAUGCAUAAUCAUAUGGAAUAUAAUUUUCACCUUGCUAAUAAGAAAGCUCUUUUCUACAAUAUGAGAUAAUAUUAUAAUUUGACUAACAAAAAUGUAUUUGAUUAUCUACCUACUACAUUCCAUAUUCAGAGUGGUUUGAAUGAUCCUGAAUUCGCUAAUUUUGUUAAUUAUUAUAAUAAGUUUGAAUAAGAGAAUCCUAAAAGGAAAAACGUUUGGAUUAUUAAGCCAGGUGAAAGUUCUAAUAGAGGUAAUGGUAUUCAAGUAGCUGGUGAUGUUAAUUCUGUUAGAGAUAUUAUUAGAGUUAGGGAAUCACAUUAAAAUGGCUUUAAGAAGACUUAUAUUAUUCAAAAAUAUUUAGAUCGUCCAUUUUUAUACAAUAAAAGAAAAUUUGAUAUUAGAUGCUUUAUGCUAAUGACAAAUUACAAUAACACUUUAAAAGCAUACUGGUACACAGAUGGGUAUAUUAGAACAUCUACAAAAGAGUUUACACUAAAAAAUUUAGAAAAUAGAAUGAUACAUCUCACUAAUGAAGCUGUAUAAAAAAGAGGAGAAGAUUUUGGUAAGUUCGAAAAUGGAAACAAGCUCUCUUAUGCAGAAUUUUAAAAAUAUAUUGAUUCUACUUAUCCAAAAGAAAAUUAUAAUUUUAUGUAAUAAAUUUAUCCAUAAAUGAAGUAACUUGCUUAUGACUCAGUUUGCUCAGUAUACACUAAAAUAGAUAAGAAGAAAAGAAAUUUUUCUUUUGAGUUGUUUGGUCUUGAUUUUAUGAUAGAUGAUAGCUUUAAAACAUGGCUAAUCGAAAUAAACACUAAUCCUAGCUUGACAAUUGCAGCACCUCUGAUGUCUAGGCUAUUACCAGCAUUAAUAGAUAAUGUGCUUAAAAUAGCUAUAGAUCCAAUAUUCCCACCUCCUAAUUUCCCUAAGUCGAAAAAGCAUCUAAUACCGGAAUAAAUUUACGAAAACAAUAAAUUUGAGCUACUUUUUGACUCAGAAGUUGAUGGUGAAAGAAUUAAAAAACUUUACUAAAACAUUUCAAAUAAAAUUGAUGAGCAAAUAGAAGAGGAUUGCAAAAACGAAGAAGUAUAUGACGACGAUGAUGCUGAUGUUGAUUAGGAGGGAGAAGAGAACGAAGAUGAGGAAGGAUACUGA